CGAACGCCACUUUCCACUCGAGACAAUCAACAGAGAGGACCAGCAAUGUCCGAAGCCGCCGAAGAUCGGGCCUCGCAGGCCCCCAAGGAGCGCAAGCUGUCCGACGCGAUUCCUCUGGAGGCGGUGCACCGGAUCGCCAAGAUUCCCGUCGUCGAGAGCUCCAUGAACAUCGCUAGCGAUGUCUACAGCAGGGUCAAGGAGUCCAACUCCAUGAUCAACUGGACCCUGUCAACGGCCGAAAAUACCGUGAGCAAGGCUGUGGAGCACGCCAUUCCAGUGGCUGAGAAAAUGGAAAAGCACCUGAAGCGGGUGGACAGUAUCCUUUGCUCCAGUCUGGACUACGUCGAGGCUAAGGUUCCAGCCGUCAAACUGCCCCCUCACGAGAUUUACGAGAACACGCACAAACUGGUGGAGAGCAAGCUGCAGCCGGCCCUGGAGCGGGCCUCGGAACUGAAGCAAAAAGGUGCCGAAAAGGUGAGGAGUCUGGCGCGCGAGUCGUCCACCACCACGCAGCUGGUGUCGAUCGCCGCCUCCAGCGUGGAGGCGGCCCAGCGCUACAUGCACACGGCCAGCGCACACUUAGCCAACGGAGAAGUGCUGUCUCCAGUGGGGAGUUUGAUUCCUUAUCUCAGUGAACUCACGCAAGCACCAGAAUUUGAAAUCCAGUUUUUCAUUAUUAUUACAACCGUUAAUCCCGAUGAACGAGUCCACACUAAUGGUCAUGGUGGGGAAGGUUUGCCAGCUGUGGAAGCAGGGCACCGGCACCCAAUAUACAAUCCGCAACAGCCCCAAGGAGACGCCGCCGCCGUGCCCGCCGCCGCCGCCCCCAACUCCGUGUCUGAAGAUACAGAUAGCGACAACUCCCCAAGAAAGCCAAAGCGACGCCAUUGACUUUUACACUCCCUUAGAGAGGAGCUUUAAGUCGGUGGAUGAGACGGAUGAUCCUCUUGAACCAAGUUGCUCCAAAAAUGAUGAAACUUUGCAGCCAGAUCGCUCAAAUAUUGAAGAAAUUACUGAUUCUAUUUGCAAUGAGGUUGAAGAAUUUAAAAA